AUGAGCAGACUGGUCCAAAUCGAAAAAUAUAAUGAUGAUGAUACCUCAUUUCAAAGAUUUUAUUAUUCGCCCUUUUCAUUUUGGCAUAGCCUCUUAAAAUAUUUAGUUUUCAGUUUACUACUUCUUUCUUUCUUUCUUUCUUUCUUUCUUUUCUUUUCUUUUCUUUCUUUCUUUCUUUUUUUCUUUCUUUCUUUUUUCUUUCGCUGUUUCUUUCUUUCUUUCUUUCUUUCUUUCUUUCUUUCUUUCCACCCACUAGACGAAACAUUCUGGCAUAUUUCUUUGCCAUUUGAUGUCCACCCCCUUUUGAUCCACCCGAAUUUCCCCCGUACUCUCACCUGCAUCCUCUACCCCAACAGAAACACCUGCAUUUGCAUGCAAGCCAAAAGUUUUCAUUUGGUACGACUACUUGAUUUACUUACAGUAUAUCUAUCUAUCUAUCUAUCUAUCUAUCUAUCUAUCUAUCUAUCUAUCUAUCUAUCUAUCUGUUCCGACAAGUUCCUCAAAUUCUAUGAUGGAAAUUCGAUAUUCCUGGCACAUGUGUUUAAUUGCCAGAAAUGCGUUGAGUGGCACCAGUUGACGCAAAUCAUUCACUCCCUCUCUCUCUCGUCCUCUCUUUCUCUCAUACCGCAGGUGGAUAAUUAG